AUGAGGCAAUCGCCUGCAGCAGAGCAACUAAAAGAGCGACCUCGAGAAAAAGGCGCGGUUCCAGAGCUCUACACGUUCGAGAAAUUCUCCCAGCCCUGUGCAGUCUACGUCAAGCUUUUAUUUCCAAGGCUCAACAAGCAAGCCUAUGCGACUGCCACCCGAGAUGCAUCCUUUUGUUACAUCGGAUCCACCAACAUCACUGUGGCCAAGAGAGAAUACAACAGAGUCGCAAAACUUCGUCAACUACAACAACUCAAACUACCCAAAACCGAAAGUGCCAUUCGAUAUUGGAACGACUCCCAGACCUACCAGCACUACAGCACCAUUCUUCUUUCGCAACACUGGGAGUACAUUGACGCCUGGGCCGAAGAACACAGCCUGAUUCAGAGAUGGCAGCCCAAGCUGAACUACCCGUAUGUCACGAAAGAGCUGGUCAAGAAGGCGCAUGGUUUGGUCCCCAAACAUCAACAACCACAUCUUCGCCACCCACCAGAUUCUCUGGGACGACAACUUUUCAAAAAACUCCGACGAAGAGUACAAGGACAGAGACCUUCGCUUGUCAAUGCUCUACCUAAGCAGGCCCAAUUCUGGAAGCUCUUGUAUUCCAUAUCCAGCGACACCAAGCAAGAAUUUGAGGUCUCCAAGGAGCUGCGCAGCGGCAAGCACGACGCGGAAACAGUUACCCUGCUCUACAGACUCGCCAACUACAUGGAGCAGCCGUGGAGAUCAAAAGCCCGAGCCAGACUACGCAAAGUCCUGCAGUUCAAGAACGCAUCGAUCCCAAAGCACAACAAGCCCCUAAAAGUUCCUCUCCUUGCACAUGCGUCGCAUCGCACCAACAUCGAAAAGCACCUGGUGCGACUCAGCAGGACUCACCGACAUGUACUUAUACCAUACCAUCUACCCACCAAGACAGUCCAGGAGGCAACGCAUCCCUCCUUACAGCAAGUUCUUUGGAACCACAAUCGGAAAGUCACCGACAUGGGCAGACACUGGAAGCCUACAGAGUGUCAGUGCGCCAAAUUCAUCAAGCAACAUCCGCGAGCACAAGUACAUGAAGGACACGUAGUCACUGGCUUGGAAACCCUGCAGCUACCCCACACACACCAGACCUUCCGCAGCGUUUCGGCCGGGAAUGCCUUCUACUCCUCCAAGCAGCGCAUCAAGAGACAACAUCAAGAACAAUUCCAACGAUGGCUCAAGCACCACCAAUUUCCUCGAGAUCAACGCAUACUUGACGACUUUGACACUUUCUUCGAACAAGAGUGGAAGCAUCAUAAACUACAGCUUCUGCGAGAGCCACGACUCACGCACAGACUGGCAAAAAACAUCUUGGCCAUGAUCCCUGACGACUACAUCGUGCACAACGAGGACCAUGCCAACGCGCACCUCAUGAUCUACUGCCCGAACAUCUACAACCAAGCAGCCUACAAUACUUGGAUGGACAAACAAACAUUUCGAAUGUUAGACGCCGACCCUGACGAGAUCAAGCAGAACAUGCAGAAUAAUACCCCCAAGGUGGUCGCCAAGCACUAUUCCAAGCUCCUUGCCUAUGAAAAGCCCCUACCGUAUGGGUAUAUACUCAUGAAACGGAAAAAGCGAUGGGCCAAAGGGAGGACUAUUAUCGCGUAUAGCAAUACGUGCAUCGGCAAAUUGCUGAAGAUCGCGGCCCUAGCGCUACAACAGAUGUUGACGAUAACCUGGCCCAACCAUUUUGGCGAUGAAAUACACCAACUCUUCCACAACAACGAGCACCUGUACCCGGAGCGACACUUGAAAUUUCUCAACCACGAUUUGGUCGGCUUCUUUAAUUCGAUACCACAAUCCGAUAUCCUACAAAGCAUCCACUUCCUCACCUCCCAGUUCCUUGACGAGCACAACUCCACCAUCACCGUCGAUCCUCACAGCAAGAUCGCACCCGCACAUUCCGGCAGAUCAACGCACAGCCUGAAGUCCAACAUGGUCAAGGUGCAGGCAGAACACAUACCCGCCAUCAUCCAGUUCAGCUUCGAUGCUUGCGCAUUCACAGCCAUUGGGGAGGUCUUUCAGCAGACUUGUGGCACCUCCAUGGGAAAUCAAAUCAGUCCCAUCCUCUCGACAUGUGCAAUAGUGGCCACAGAAAUCACAUGGCUAAGAAUGUAUGGCCAGUUCGUCAGCAAUGCCCAUCUCCACGACAAGUUCUGGAUUCGCAGGUACGUCGACAACAGAGCCAUCAUAGUCGAUGAAGAUGAGCUUCCCUACACUUCUACAAGAAGCCAGUACAACUGGAAGAUGAAGCGUGUGAUGAUUUUCUGGGAUUUCGCAUUCACGCAGAUAAUCGCCAAAUUACCUACAAUCUCCACCGAGAAGCUUGGAGAUAUCGACUUCCCCAGUCAGCCGGCUCCACAAAGCUACGCCUCAGCGGGAUACAGAAGUAAUAUGACUAAAAAGCAGCGCAUCAAUGACGCUGCAAACGCCGCAGAGCUCACCGACAUCGACACCGACUCCGAGACCGCGGAAUACGCAGCUAGACUACCACAUGGACUACCGCUAGACAUGAGUGCCCCCGCAGUCUUAGCAGAAGCAAAAGAUGAUCCAGUAGAGCAAGAAUGUGAACUGCUACUCCAACAAAGAUACAUUCCCUUCGAGCUCUUCCCAUGGCUCUCCACCCAGCUCAACUCCGAGUUCCUUCGAGCUUCGGCACUCACGAAAGCAGGCAGAAGAGCAACGGCAUACACAGUCGGCACCUACUACCACGUGGGCAGCAUUGGCGUGCGCACCAACACGAGGCAAAGACCUUGGACGGCAGCGAUACUAGCAUACCUGGUACGAGCUUGCACCCAUACUCCAUUCUCGACUGUCUCCCUACUUCGCAAUGUGCAUAUGCGCACACAUCGAGACAAGUACAACAAGCCAGGAAGCCUCAACAUCGUGAUUCCGGUCUCUACCUUCAGACAAGGACACCUAUGGAUUGAAGAAGACGACGGACCUGAUCUAUCUCCAAACGGACAACAUCGUGGCCGCAACCUUGAGAUCAAACUACCCGGAAUCGAGUUUAGUCCAUUCAAGCUUCACGGUACAUGUCCAUGGAAAUCCGACCGCCUGAUCAUCUCGGCCUACACCACCAACCGCACCGAGGACAUCUGUCGAGAAGACAAAAGAUACCUUCGCAUGCUCGGCUUUAACCUCGCAUAA